AUGUUUGUCAAUGAAAACUCUUCAGUUGAUUCAGACUCAAGUUCUGAUGUUUCCCAUUCCAACGAACUUGAUGAAUGGGAAGAACGAGUUUAUCAACAAAAUCGUCAAUUUGAUAACAUCAUCCUGAAUAUGAUCCUAAAUAAUCAUAAUCUGAUUGUAGUACAUCAAAUUCCAACAGCCAACGGGAGAUAUUGUGAUAGGGAACGUGAUUUUGGUGCAGAGCGUUUGAUCAACGACUACUUCAGCGACACCCCAACGUAUACUCCAGAGCUCUUUCGGCGGAGAUUUCGCAUGCAGAAAUCACUAUUCAUUCGAAUAGUGGAAGCUGUUACUACUAAUGAUGUGUUUUUUCAACAGAGACGAGAUGCCACCGGCAUAGUAGGUCUUUCAUCAUUGCAGAAAUGUACUGGAGCCAUGAGGGUGUUGGCGUAUGGGACAUCUUCCUAA